UUUAAAAUAAUUAUAUUUUAAUAUCUGUUAUUUUGAAGGUACAAACUAAUAAAACCGAUACUAAAAAAGCUGUAGCGGUUAAUAAGUUUUUCCCAAUUAUAUAGUAACAAUGAAUAAUGUUUCUUGUGUAACUGGGAUAGUUGACGCUCCAGUUGACGCAUACGGUAUUAAAAUUGACGUGUGGCUCGGCCAAUAAUAACUCAGGGUAGACUUUGUUUUUUGCCAGCUGUCCAAUAACCGACUAGAUCCCGCCCCGCAUGCUUGAAGUCUGUGUUGACGGGCGACUUUCACUCCGGCUCGAGCAGAGCUCAAUUUAUCAUCCCGUACGUCGUUUUCUUCUUCUCAAACAGAGCUAAAACUUAUCGAAGAUAAUGAACAGUUUAAUGAGGUCCACUGCCAAGUGUGUCAGGUCGGGUGCGGCGGCCCUUCUGACCGGGCAAGCCGACGGGCGCGUGUUAUCCGCCUCGGCCCGGUUCCUGUGCUCGGCGGCGGAUGUCCAGAAGGACCUUGGCGAGAUGGUGAAGAAGGACAAGGUGGUGGUGUUUAUGAAGGGGACACCCGCUCAGCCCAUGUGUGGCUUCAGCAACGCCGUCGUCCAGAUCCUCCGAAUGCACGGCGUGGACAACUAUGCGUCCUACAACGUGUUGGAAGACCAGGAACUCAGAGAAGGCGUCAAAGUCUUCUCCAACUGGCCCACGAUCCCCCAGGUGUACUUGAACGGCGAGUUUGUGGGCGGCUGCGACAUCCUGCUGCAGAUGCACCAGAACGGGGACCUGGUGGAGGAGCUGAAGAAGCUGGACAUCCAGUCUGCACUGCUGGACGCAGAGAAGGAAUCCAAGUAGAGCAGAAAAAUGGAGCUUCUGACAACAAACAGGACACACCAAUCAGAUUAACCCCCUGCCCCACACACACACACACCCACAC